AUGAGCCAAUUUUCCAAGUUUAUUUUGUUUUCCAACCAGGUAUUCGUCUUGCUUGUGAUCACUCUUGUAUCCUCUGGCAAUGCGGGAUACCACUACGGCGGUUAUGGCGGUGGCGGCGGUGGUGGAUACGGAGGAGGUGGAUACGGCGGCCAUGGCAAGAAGAUCAUUGUCAUCAGUCACCACGGAGGAUACGGCGGUGGGGGUGGCGGCGGAGGUGGGGGUGGUGGCGGCUACGGUCACGGCUGGUGGUAG